AUGCCUGUUAUAAUUCUCAGUUGGCAAGAUAACAGAUAUCAAUCACACACGUUAUUCUUUGGUAUCUAUACCGAAAUUACUGAUAAGGAGCAACCAGAUUAUUUUAAUAAACUUUACGAUGAUAUAAAGAACGAGAUGAAGAAGCAAGAUUCAGCUGAUCAGGUUACAUCGUCCCACAACGUUACUAAAGAAUUGCAACAAUUGUCUAUUAUAUUCAGCACUGAUACCAGCACCUCAUCUACGAAUAAUAAGAUAUGGCCAUCGGUCAGAGGCAGAUCUAUACUAAUUAAGAGUAUCACGAAAAAUAAGCAAGACGAAGAUGACAACGCUUCUUCAGAAACAACCUUGACGUAUAACAUCCUAGACCAGUGGGAUUUCAAUAGCAUUGAGGUAACUGCUGCCAAGAAUCAAACUACUUAUAAUCAAUCAGAUGGUACUACCACAUUCCGAAAAGUGUCCACUACCUUUGGCGAUACUAGCUGGUAUGGAUGCACCCAUAAGAACGAGACAAUAGUAGAAAUUGACUGCAAUGAUGCCAAUAUUCAUUGGGUUUAUGUUUAUGUUCAGUCCAACAGAAGUGCAUUUGUCAGAAUUUCUGACAAAUUUUUACAACGUAAAGUACAUGUUGGAGAUCGGGCUGUUCUGCCGUGCCGUCCAACUUCCCCUAAAUUCAAUGUGACUCUUAUGAUGCUUCACGGCCAUGAGUUCAAGCCAGUGGUUAGCAACAGAACAACUUUCGAUCCCAAAUUUGGUUUUAUCAUAAAAAACUCAAAGUUUUCGGAUAUUGGAAGUUAUUCUUGUGAAGUAAACCAAGAUGGUUUCUCGCAGAAGUUAUACUUCAACCUCUCAGUUAUCAAGAAAAAUCAGAAAAAACCAUUAAUCGAAGCCUCGAUCGGAGCAGAUGGUAUGAAACACGUUGUUGCUGGCUCGACAUUGAACAUCAAGUGCAAAGUCGAAAUCACAAUGGACAAUCCUUACAAUAUUUCUUGGGAGACGCCUUACAAUACGAGUUUCAGAAAAAUUGUGAAAUCCGUUGAAGAUGAUAGGGGACUCCUUAAGUACGUGACAUCUCAACUAAUCUUAAAUAAUGUUACUUUCAAAGAUCAAGGAAACUAUACAUGCCAAGUGAAAUCUUUGUUGAGUGAACAAGAAAGUACCAAUAUGUUUAUAAAAAUAUACGAUCCUAGAAAAAAAUACAUAAACUUAGAACGUGAAAAAAAGAGCAGAGAAAUUGCCGUAGAAUAUGGUGAACCAUUAACUCUUGUAGCUCACGUUGAUGCAUAUCCAAAGCCGACACUUAAAUGGUCAAACUUUUACAACGAUGAAAUUGUAUCAGGAAAGGAUUUUGUCGUAUCACAUAAUGCUCUCACUGGCAGUAAUCUUACAAUCAAAAAAGUGGUAUAUCGAGACACGUAUACUCUUCAAGCAAACAACAGCGCGGGAGUGAAAUCCGUGGAUUUUAGAGUCAAAUUUUAUACUCAUGUCAAGCCGUAUACAGUUUUGUACGCACCUUAUACUUCAACAGCUUUUUACGUUGUUAACAAGAAUGCAACGUUCACAUGUAAAAGUGACGGCUAUCCUCAGCCAAAUAUUACAUGGUUCUAUGAACAGUGCCCGACAUAUAAUUCCGAUAAUGGCUGCAAGAAAAUUGAGUUAAAGAACGCAGAAACUGACUUGCAGUACGAAGACAGAACACAUUCAAAAAUAACAGUAAACAUUACUGCAUUUGGGCGAAUCAGUUGCACCGCUUGUAGCCGUCACUUCUGCAACUCAGAUGAAACAAGCAUUCGUAUUAUCGAUGAAGAACUUCUUAAUGGACCUGUUGAUAUUGAUAAGCGAACUGACGAUGUAGUUGAAGGUGAAACUGUAACUGUGUCUUGCACUAUUGUUCAUUACUUAUUUCCCAAGGUUACAUGGACAAAGUUUAAUCCCUACGGCACUGAUAAACUAAUGAAUAUUGUAUGGAAAAAUGACACUUACAUUCAUCGAGCUGUACUUGAAAUAAAAAAUGUCUCUAUAUCAGACCAAGGACACUAUUUUUGUGAAGCAUGGAAUGAGAAUGACGAGCCCGAACCAUAUAAGUUAUUUAAAUUGGAAGUUAGAGGGCCAGAAACACCUAAGUUCAUUCAUACAAACAUGAAUGACACAGAGCAAAUCUUGUCGUGGAAAGAUGCUUUAAAUACUAUUGUAUUAUUGUGCAAGGCUACGGGGAUACCAAAACCUGACAUAACUUGGUACAAGGAUGAUAAACCCUUGAAAUUAUCCAAACAAUUUAAUUUAGGCCUAGCAAAUGUAGCAAGUGAUCACUCCAUUAGAGAGUAA